ACGUGCUCUCUGCUUCCUACGGCUACACUGCGAGAAAAAAAAGCCACUAGCCUAUAUAGUUUAUGGGAGGAGAGAGCCAACAGCGAGAAACCGGGGUUUGUAGUACUGGAGCAGUCUGCAAUAAGCAGGAGCUGUUCUGACUCGCACCAUUAUUAGAAACAAAAGCUCAGAAACUUCAAAGAGACGAGGAGGCGGCGAGGGGGAGACGCACGCGAGAAGAGGAUAAACUUUAUGCGGCGCGUUGAGUAAAUGAACAAACACCACAUCAACAGAUAGGCUACAUCGCUUUCUUUAUAGCGCGACUCUUCUGGGGGGUGGACGCAAAUAAUUUGUAAUGGUGAAAUAUGAGAGAACAAAACUGAGGCGGGUGAAUCGGGCACACCAAAGAAGAGACAGUCUGUGUGCGUUGAGAGAAGUUAAGCUUACGAAAAAUCAAUUUGCACCGUUGCACGGAACGGGAUUUAUGAAAGCGGGAUAAAAACUUCAUCCUCCGGGCGACUCGGGAGAAAAUUAAGCGCUCGUUCUCCUCUUUGAUUCAAUGGAUACUUUGAAUGACUAUUUCCAGCUGCGCGUUUAAUUGUAUGUAAGAAAGGUUUGAAGCCUCGGCUCUCUAUCUAUAGAGGCUUCGGGGAGAACUUGUUGCCCCACGCCACGGCGGGAAGAUUACUGUGAAAAUGAAGUCCCGUCGAGCAUCGUGGAUUCUUUCUUGGACUCUCUGCAUCUGUCUUGUCAGUGGCUGUUAUUCGCAAGAGCGCCAAGGUUAUCUGAUCGCGGCUCCCUCGGUGUUCCGCGCGGGCGUGGAGGAGGCCCUGAGCGUGACCAUCUUCCACGGCGCGGAGGACACGCGCGUGCAGGUGCAGCUGUCGGUGAAGGGGGAGACAGUGGCGCACAGCCACGGCAUCGUACGGGAUAAAGGCACACUUAAGCUGAAGGUGCCCGUGGGCUUGCGCGGGCAGGCUCAGCUGAAGGUCUGGGGCAACCGCCACCUGACGGAGGAGGGCUACAUCUUCCACAACUACACCACCGUCACCGUGGAGAGCAAGGGAACGGCCGUCUUCAUCCAGACGGACAAGCCGGUCUACAAACCCAAACAGAGAGUGCUCGUCAAUGUGUAUUCGGUCACUCCGGACCUGAGGCCUGCCAAUGACAAGAUUGAAGCUUACGUUGUGGACCCCAGAGGGUCCCGGAUGGUCCAGUGGUCAGACCUCAAGCCCCUCUGUUGUGGGAUCGUGAACGUGACCUUCCCCCUGUCGGACCAGCCCGUGUUCGGAGAGUGGCUCAUCUUCGUGGAGAUGCAAGGGCACACCUACAACAAGACCUUCGAAGUGCAGAAGUAUGUGAUGCCCAAGUUCGAGCUGAUAAUUGAGCCGCCCCGGUACGUCCGUGACCUCAACGCGUGUGAACAGACCACCGUACACGCCAGAUAUACUUUCGGUAAACCGGUCAGCGGGAAACUCACCGUGAACAUGACAGUGAAUGGAGUUGGGUACUAUCGGCAUGAGGUGGGGCAUCCGGUGGUUAAGACUAUGGAGAUCAAGGGCACGGCGACCUUUGACCUUUGCGUGAAGGACAUGAUGCCGGUGGACGUGGCGGAUCACUUCCGGGGCACGGUGAGCAUGUGGGUGUCGGUGGCCAGCGUGGACGGGGGGCGGCAGACGACGUUCGACGACUCCACGCCCGUCCACAAGCAGCUCAUCGACAUCAAGUACUCCAAGGACACCCGCAAGCAGUUCAAGCCCGGUCUGCCCUACAAAGGCAAGGUGGAGGUCACGUACCCGGACGGCAGCCCCGCGGACGGGGUGAGGGUUCGGGUGAAGGCGGAGCUCACGCCCAAGGACAACGUGUACACCAGUGAGCUCACCUCCCUGGGGGGCCAGGCCGUGUUCGAGAUCCCCUCCAUCCCCACCGCCGCACAGUACGUCUGGCUGGAGACCAAGGUGACUGCGAUCGAUGGCAAGCCGGCAGGUGACCAGUACCUUCCCAGCUACCUGUCCAUCAGCAGCUGGUACUCUCCCAGCAAGUGCCACCUCCAGCUCCAGAGCCCUGGGGCAGCCCUGCAGAUUGGAGAGGAGGCGGAGAUAUCCCUCAAGUCCACCUGCCCCUGCAACUUCACUCUGCACUACGAGAUCGCUUCCCGGGGAAACAUAGUCCAGUCUGGCCAGCAGCUGCCCAACAUCACCGCUCACCGCGGCAAGAGGGCCACCGUCACCUUUGACAAGAACAUCCACACCACAGCGCCUCCUAGUGGUUCAGCGGCCACCUCCCUGCAGGGCGAAUCGGACGUGUGCGUGUCAGUGCUCCGGUUUCCCGUCACCCACGCCAUGGCCCCGCUCAGCCGGCUGCUGGUGUACUACGUGCGGGAGAACGGCGAGGGGGUGACGGACAGCCUGCAGAUCCCCGUCCAGCCCAGCUUCGAGAACAAGGUGUCCGUCUCCCUGUCGGCCAAUGAGUCGAUGCCGGGCGACCCGCUGAGCCUGAAGGUCAGAGGGGAGAGGGGCUCCUGCGUGUGUGUGGCCACUGUGGACAAGAGCCUGUACCUGCUGAAGCCGGACUUCCAGAUCAGCCCAGAUAAGGUCUUCAAGGAGCUGGCUGAGUUCGACGUGUCCGAUGCCUUUGGCGUGCCGAAGGACGACGGCCACUUCUGGUGGCCCGGGCUGUGCACGCGACAGACGCGCGCUCUCUGCUUUCCGGAGACGGGCCUGGUGGUGAUGACGGACAUGGUGAGCCUGAACCACAGGCAGAGUGGAGGGAUGUACACGGACGAGGCCGUGCCCGCCUUCCAGCCCCACACCGCCACGCUGGUGGCGGCCAUGCACUCCCGCACGGUACCCAGGGCGGACAAACGCAGGCGGACGUUCUUCCCGGAGACGUGGGUGUGGAACUGCGUCACCGUCAGCGAUCACACGGGGGAAGCUGAGCUGCGAUUGGACGUCCCCGAUUCCAUCACCACCUGGGUGACUGAGGCGAUUGGCCUGUCGGAGGAGAAGGGGCUGGGCCUGGCCCCGAGGGCGGAGCUGAGGACGUUCAAGACCUUCUUCGUGGACUUCACUCUGCCCUACAGCGUGAUCCGGGGGGAGCAGACCAAAGUUCCUCUCACCGUCUACAACUACCUGCCCACCUGCUCUGAGGUCCAUGUUAAAGUCUCGGUUCCCAAAGGGAUCAAGUUCGUGGGCCAUCCCGGCAAACACCACCUGACCCGGAAAAAAUGCGUGGCUCCCGGAGAGGCCACGCCCACAUUCAUCGUCCUGUCGUUCACCGAGCUGGGCUCUGCUAACAUCACAGUGCGCGCCGUGGCCUACAGCGAGCCAGGCUGCUGCGCCGACGGGCUGCCGUCGCCCAAGACCGGCAAGAGCGGCGGCGAGGACCAGGAGGACCGGAGGACCCCCGCCGGCGUGGACUACGUGCGCAGGAGCGUCCUGGUGGAGCCUGAAGGCCUGCCCAGAGAGUACACCUACAGCGUGUUCUUCUGUCCCAACGAGAGGAUCCACAUCUCCACCCCGAACAAGUACGAGUACCAGUACGUGAAGAAGCCGGCCCGCAUGGCGCACUUCGAGGUGGCGGUGAAGACGCACAACGACGCCCACGUCGCCCUGUCGCCCAGCCCGCACGACAGCGCCGAGAUGCUGGAGAUCGUGCUGGGCGGGCGGCAGAACACCCGCUCCUGGGUCUCCCUGGGCAAGAUGGGCGAGCAGGUGGCCAGCGCCCCCACGCCCGGCGUCCUGUCCUGGGACGAGUUCCGCAGCUUCUGGAUCAGCUGGCGGGGCGAUGUGCUGCAGGUGGGCCACGGGUUGCAGCCGUCCAAUGAGACGGUGUUCCUGCAGUGGGCCGGCCCCCUCCCCGCCCAGGUGAGACACAUCGGCUUCUCCACGGGCUGGGGCUCGGUGGGCGAGUUCAAGAUCUGGCGCAAGGAGGACUCGGACGAGAACCACAACGAGGCCUUCACCCUGGGCGUGCCGCACAACGUGGUGCCCGGCUCCGAGAGGGCCACCGCCUCCAUGAUUGGGGACGUGAUGGGCCCCACCCUCAACAACCUGGACAACCUGCUGCGUCUGCCCUUCGGCUGCGGGGAGCAGAACAUGAUCCACUUCGCGCCCAACGUCUUCGUGCUCAAGUACCUGCAGAAGACCCACCAGCUCAGCACCGAGGUGGAGGCAGAGGCCACGGACUACCUUCUGCAAGGGUACCAGCGGCAGCUGACCUACAAGCGGCAGGACGGCUCCUACAGCGCGUUUGGGGAGAGGGACUCGUCCGGGAGCAUGUGGCUGACGGCGUUUGUGCUGAAGUCCUUCGCCCAGUCCCGCGGCUUCAUCUUCAUCGAUCCCGAGGAGCUCCGGGCGGCGAAGGCCUGGCUAAUCAACCACCAGAGAGAGGAGGGCUCCUUCCCGGCCAUGGGCAGGAUCCUAAAUAAAGACCUGCAGGGCGGGAUCCAUGGGAAAAUAUCCCUGACCGCCUACGUGGUGGCCGCUCUCUUGGAGACGGGAAUAUCCACUGAGGAGGAGAAGAUGGCCGUCGCCAAGGCCAAGGGCUUCCUGGAGACCAACACGUACUCCGCAGACGACCCGUACACCACGGCCCUGUCUGCAUACGCCCUGGCCCUCCUACGCAGCCCCUACGCCCCGUUAGCGCUGCGGCGGCUCAACCACAUGGCUAUCACACAGGACGGCUUCACUCACUGGAGUCUGACUGGCAGCACGGUGACAGACGAGGACACCUUCAUGGGGUUCAGCGACGGACUCUCACAGUCAGUGGUUUCCGCAGAGGUGGAGAUGACCGCCUACGGGCUCCUGACCUACACCCUCCUGGGCGACGUGGCCUCCGCCCUGCCCGUGGUCAAGUGGCUCUCCCAGCGGCGCAACGCUCUCGGGGGCUUCUCCUCCACCCAGGACACGUGUGUGGCUUUGCAGGCCCUGUCAGAGUACGCCAUCCUCUCCUACGUCGGGGGGGUCAACCUCACCAUUUCCCUGGCCUCCACCAACCUGGACUUCCAGGAGACCUUCGAGCUCCACCGGGACAACAAAAAGAUCCUGCAGAGCGCCGUGAUUCCCAGCAUCCCCACCGGAUUGUUUGUCAGCGCAAAGGGAGAGGGCUGUUGUCUGAUGCAGAUCGAUGUGUCGUACAACGUGCCCGACCCCGUGGCCAAGCCGGCCUUCCAGCUGACGGUGAACCUGAAGGAGCCGCGCCCGGAGAGGCACGCCCCGUCCCCCUCCUCCCCCGCCUCCCCCCGCCCCCCCGGCGCCCGCCCCCGCUCCCGCGCCGACAACCGCUCGGAGCUGAGCCGCGCCCGCCGCGCCCCCGCCGACGACGACGACCCCGCCGCCCACCAGGACCACCUGGAGUACCGCGUCACCCUGGAGGCCUGCACCAGGUGGCUGCACUCCGGUUCCUCCAACAUGGCCGUGCUGGAUGUCCCACUACUGUCUGGCUUCCGUGCUGAUGUGGAGAGCUUGGAGAAGCUGCUGAUGGACAAGAAGGUGGGUCUGAAGAGGUACGAGGUGGACGGCAGGAGGGUCCUCUUCUACUUCGACGAGAUCCCCAGUCAGUGCAUGACCUGUGUCAGCUUCCAGACACUCAGAGAGUACAUCGUGGGCAAGACCGCACCAGUGCCGGUCAAAGUGUACGACUACUACGAACCAGCCUUCGAGGCCACGCGUUUCUACAACGUCAGUGAGAGCAGCCCUCUGGCUCGUGAGCUGUGUGACGGCACCACCUGCAACGAGGUGGAGAGCUCCGCCAGCCGAUGGACAGGCUUUGUGCAGGGGAACCAAUGCAACAAUGUUUUCGGCUGCCUGGAGGAGGAGCAGUUUGAGCGCUGCACCUGCUACCGGGACUGCGGUUAUGACGGCGAGCCGGUGUGCGGGUCGGACGGGCGGGCCUAUCAGAACCAGUGCCAGAUGGAGGUGGCCGCCUGCCGGAACGGAACCCGCAUCGAGCAAGUGCCCAUGGCGCAGUGCCCCCAGAUGAAGUCUGAGGAACAGGAGCCAGAAAAGGGGCGGAAACAGGGCCCAGAGAAGGUCCCCAUACAAGCAGGUGAGGAGGAGCCGGGAUCCCUGGCGGAGGUGUCCUACUACUCCUACGAGUACGACACGGAGGCGGUGCCCUUCCCCCCGGAGGGAGAAGAGGCGUUUGAGCUGGCGGGGGAGGGGGGCGGGCAGACGGAGAAGCCGCCCACCGCCGCCGCCCAGCCGCACACACUGGACGCUAAGCACACGCGCGAGCGAUGAACCUCCCCCUGGGCUGCGGAGAGAGAGAGAGAACGAGCGAACGAGAGCGAGAGAGAGAGAGAUCACUGAACUGUACAUUGCUUGUGAAUAUGAUGGCGUGAGCAGAGAAGAAGGAGGAAAGAACGAGGAGGCCGUUCGGGCCUGAGGGGGCGAGUGUGUGUGUGUGUGUGCGCGCGUCUGUGUGCGUGUGUGCAUGUGUUUAUGUUUGUGCAUGUGUGUUUAUGCAUGUGCGUGUGUGUUUAUGCGUGUUUGUGUUUGUGUGUGUAUGAGCAACUUGGCCUCCAUCUGUCUUUGCUUUUCUCUUUUUAUACUCAGUCUCUUACUCACCAAGUAGACACCAUAGCUCCUGUUUAUCUAGUGACUAUAUGUUGUUUUAUAUAAUCUCUAGAGUAAAUAAACACCGUAUUUAUGUUUGUAAUUAUACUUGAGCAAAAAAAACGAAAUGUUACUUUGAUUUUUUUCUAUCUGUGGUAUUUAUUUUUAGUUAGUGCUUUUGAUUGUUUACUUGUUCCACUAGCCCCCCACCCCCCAUCCUGCCACCUACACCCAUGUCUUAAUUUAAUCCAGGAAUAUGGGAACUUGUGAUGCAUUCCUUGUCUUGAGCAAGCCCUGUUUGAAACAGUGAGGUGUACAGCUGAUCUUUAUCUGGUGUCCAUUCAUCCACGUUUUCACCUUUUUUCUCUGUCUCCAGUAGAGGUGCAUCACACAUAGCAUAGCCCUGAAAAUAGCCCACAUACGAGAUGACAAGCAGGAAAAAAAACGCUUGACAGUUUUAAGAUUUUCGCUCAGCUGUUGACGCUCAAAUAAAAAGAUAUUUCUGUGUCACAGUCACCUCACUGUCCAACGAACAGGGUUUUGAUUGUACAGUGCAUAAGCUAUUUUGUUAUAUUAAGGUUAGACUCUUAAACGGCCGCUGAAAAAAAGCCUAACGCAAGUGAAGUCUGGAAAUUACUGUAAAUUGAGAAAUUUGAACGAAUGUAGCCCCAAACCAUUUCAAGUACAGUGCUUUUUUUAAAAAUAAGACAAUAAACUUUGUAUACAGUCA